AUGAAGGUAUUAUGUGUGGCAGAAAAGAAUUCCAUUGCAAAAGCUGUAUCUCAAAUUCUUGGAGGUGGUAGCUGCAAUUCUCGAGAUUCUGGAUAUACAUAUGUUAAGAACUAUGAUUUCAAAUUUGAUGGAUUCCCCUUUGUAUCAACUAAUGAUUGUGAUGUCACAAUGACCAGUGUUGCUGGUCAUUUAACUAGUGUAGAUUUCAGACCUGAUAUAUAUGGAUGGAAUAAAUGCCGGAUUGAUGAAUUGUUUACAGCUCCAUUGUCCACAGAAAUGGAUAAUAAUCAGAAGAAAAUCGCUGCAAAUAUUAAGAGAGAGGCAAGAUAUGCCGAUUUCUUGAUGAUCUGGACAGAUUGUGAUCGAGAAGGUGAGUAUAUAGGUUGGGAAAUCUUUCAAGAAGCACUUAAAGGGAACAGUCGAUUAACAAAUUCACAAGUAUAUAGGGCAAAUUUUUCUCAUUUAGAAAGAAGACAUGUAUUGAAUGCAGCAAGGAGGCCGCAAAGAUUAGAUUUGAAAAGUGUCGAUGCAGUGGGUGCAAGAAUAGAAUUGGAUUUGAGGACAGGUGUGACAUUUACAAGAUUGUUAACUAAUACUAUGAAGGCGAAAGUUGAAACUUGGAACCGAUCACAAACAUCUAUAUCUAGUAAUGGUAAUAUGAGUUCUCGAGCGAAAGAACCACCGACAAUUAUUUCUUAUGGGGCAUGUCAAUUUCCAACUUUAGGAUUUGUAGUUGAUAGAUAUGAAAGAAUAAAACAUUUUGUUUCUGAAGAAUUUUGGUACAUUCAACUUGUAAUCAAGGACCCCGAGUCUGGUGCAUCUACAACGUUCCAAUGGGAUAGAGGUCAUUUAUUUGAUAGACUGAGUGUCUUAGCGUUCUAUGAGACAUGCUUAGAAACAGCUGGUGACAAGGCAAAAGUGGUAGAUUUGAUAUCUAAACCUACUUCAAAAUAUCGUCCCUUACCUUUAACUACUGUUGAAUUACAGAGAAAUUGUGCUCGAUUCUUAAGAUUGAAUGCAAAAAAGUCAUUGGCAGCUGCUGAAAAACUAUAUCAAAAGGGGUUUGUGUCUUAUCCUAGAACUGAAACAGAUAUAUUCCCACAAGCAAUGGAUCUUCAAUCUCUGGUGAGAAAUCGAGCCCAAUUGGACCAAAGUAAUAAUAGGACAGCCUGGGCUUCUUACGCAGAGGGAUUAUUAUCUGAUGAUGCUUCAAAUACGAAUAAAUUUAGAUUUCCACGAAGUGGUACCCAUGACGAUAAGGCGCAUCCACCGAUCCAUCCAGUAGUAAGUGUAGGUCCCAAUGCAAAUUUGACGCCAGAUGAGAAAAGAGUAUAUGAAUAUAUUGUUAGACAUUUCUUAGCAUGUUGUUCUGAAGAUGCGAAGGGUCAAUCUACUACUUUAACUUUAGAUUGGGCAGAUGAAAGAUUUGUUGCCAGUGGAUUAAUUGUUUUGGAAAGAAAUUUUUUAGAUGUUUAUCCAUGGGCCAAAUGGGAAACUACAAAACGAUUACCAAGACUGGAAAUCAACCAAGAAUGUGAGAUCGGUAAAGCUGAGAUGAAUUUUGGACAUACUUCACCACCAAAACCUAUGACAGAAAGUGAGUUAAUUAUGCUUAUGGAUGCUAAUGGAAUUGGUACAGAUGCUACGAUUGCUGAUCAUAUUGAAAAAAUACAGACAAGGAAAUAUAUCAAGAGUGAGAAAGUUGGGAAGGAUACGUUUUUUCAACCAACUGUUUUAGGUAUUGCCUUAGUUCAUGGUUUUGAAGCGAUUGGGUUAGAAGAUUCGUUUGCAAAACCUUUUCAAAGAAGAGAGAUGGAGGAAGAUUUAAAAAAAAUAUGUCAAGGUCAGCUUACAAAAAAUGAAGUAGUUAAUGAUAUUGUUGGGAAAUACCAAAGUUAUUGGCAAAGGACUAACGAGUCGAAAAGAACGUUAUUGGAAGUUUAUGAUAGAAUACGACAAACGAUGUCAUGA